UCGGUUCUCCAACAAUCCAACCCUUUAUUUUCCGCAUGAUGCUACAAUUAAUGUAGCACCUACCAAACCUUAGGAAUCUGGAAAUCUCCAAAGAUAAAGAAGAGAAGAGAAGAGAACAUCAACACUCACCGUUCACCAACCACAGGAUCGAAAUUCCCCAGCUCCCAAACACCAUUGCCAUGGCGGUUCCCUCUUCAAGUGCAACAAGCUCCAUCAACCCCUACGAUUACCUCAAGAUCGUCCCCAACCCCGACGGCACUCUCACCCGACUCACUGAAAUUCCCGACCUCCCAUCCACCGGCGAUUCUGACUUGCUUCAAUCCGUUCUCACCAAAGACGUUAUUCUCAACCCCACUAAUAAGACCUGGGCCCGCAUCUUCCGCCCACGCGAUUCGGCUCCCAAUUCCCGUCUCCCUCUCGUAAUCUACUUCCACGGCGGAGGUUUCAUCCUCUUCAGUGCUGCAACCCAGCCAUUCCACCUCUCAUGUGCUCGCAUGGCCUCUCAACUCCCCGCCGUGGUCAUGUCCGUGGAUUAUCGUCUCGCUCCAGAACAUCGCCUUCCCGCAGCCUACCAUGAUGCCGUCGGCUCCCUUCUGUGGGUGAAGAAGCAGGCCAUGGCUGAGUCGGGGGAGGGGGAGAGUUGGGUGAAGGACUACGCUGAUGUUUCCAUGUGCUUCCUCAUGGGCAGUAGCGCCGGUGGCAACAUCGUCUACCAUGCCGGGUUGCGGGCGUUGGGUCUGGAUCUCGGGUCCGUCAAGAUCAAUGGGCUGAUUCUGAACCAGCCGUACUUCGGUGGGACGAGAAGGACGGAAUCGGAGUUGAGACUGAGCGAGGACCGUAUAAUCCCUCUGCCAGUGAACGACCUGAUGUGGGAACUGGCGUUGCCCAACGGUGCGGAUCGAGAUCACGAGUACUCCAACCCGAAUGGGUCCCACUUGCAGCAUAGGGUGAAGAAUGCCGAGAUUGGGAUUGGGUCCCAACCGCUACCGCUACCGCGAUGUUUGGUGAGGGGACACGGUGGGGACCCCUUAAUCGACCGUCAGAAGGAGAUCGUGAAGAUGUUGGAGGGAUGUGGGGUCCACGUGGAUGCUCGGUUCUAUGACGACGGUUGCCACGGGGUGGAGCUCUUCGAACCCGCCAAGGCAGAGGCACUGUUGGUGGACAUCAAGGCCUUCGUCUACUCGUCCUCUGCACCCAAGAUGUAAUGAUUUAAUAUUUCCUAAACCGUGAAUCACGGCCCUCGAUUUAUUGAUGUGGCCCCACAUUGAAGUAGAUGAAUCAACGUGAAUGGGACCACAACAAUGCAUUUUAAAGGCCGUGAUUUUAGGGGUAGAUUAUGAUUAAUUAUUUGAGAAUUAAAAGUGAGCUGUUGUAGUCGUAAAAUAUUCCUUCCCUGUCAAAGAAAUAAUAUUUGCAAGUAAUCA